AUGCCUGAGGACGUCGUGCUACCGAUUCCAAACUCUGCCCUUCCACAAUAUUUCUUUGUGCUCUCCAGGCCAUCGCUCUCGCACCUGCACGAGAAUGCGCGGAAAGAACUUCUGGCAGGUAUUCAGGCGGACCAGAUGGCACCGUAUUAUCGUCUAGUAACAGCAGCAUCCAUCCUCCCGCUUGACCAGGCUCUCCUCGAGUCUAUGGAGAAGGCGAACAAGGAGGAGCUGGAGAAGCUCGACCUGCGGCUAUCAGAGGCCGAGAAGACAGAGGGAGAGUCUGACAUUGCAGAUGCCCUGCACGCACGGGCGAACCACCUCACAAGAAUCGGGGAGAAGGAUAAAGCUAUUGAAGCACAGAAAGUUGCUCUGGAGAAAACAGCGGGGCUUGGCUCGCGAAUAGAUAUGGUCCUUACACUGGCUCGCAUCGCAUUCUUCUUUGGCGACUUCCAAAUGAUCACGGAGAAGCUCACCGAUGCGGAAGAGCUCAUUGAGAAGGGUGGUGACUGGGAUCGCCGAAACCGCCUGAAAGUCUACCGAGGGCUACACUUACUAUCAAUUCGGCAGUUUAAGCGCGGUGGCGAGCUACUCCUUGACGCGCUUUCGACAUUUACUGCUACCGAGUUGGUUUCGUACAAUGACUUCGUCGCCCUUACCAUCAUCGCGAACGUACUCGCUCUGAAGAGGGUGGACUUGAAGAAGAAGCUCAUGGCUGCUCCCGAAGUAACACAAGUAAUCGGAGAGUUACCAACGCUGGCGGAUCUGAUGAAGAACUUGUAUGACUCGCACUACGACAAAUUCUUCUUCGCCCUCAGCACCGUUGAGCAAUCCCACCUUCUACCAUCGCGUCUGCUCUCCCCACACACGCGCUUCUAUGUCCGCGAGAUGCGUAUCCUGGCGUACAGCCAGAUUCUCGAGUCGUAUCGCAGCCUCACGCUCGACAGUCUCGCACGCUCGUUUGGCGUGAGCGUCGAGUUCGUAGACAACGAACUAUCGCGCUUCAUCGCUUCCGGCCAUCUGCACUGCACCAUCGACAAGGUUCAUGGGAUCGUGGAGACAAACCGGCCAUCGCUUAAGAAUGCGCAGUACGAGACUGUGAUCAAGCAAGGUGACCUGCUACUAAAUGCUGUGCAGAGACUGAGUAAAGUAUUAUACUGA